UCAGGCAUGAUACGAACAGAAGAAGCAGAUUACUUCUUAAAGCCACUCCCUUCCCACCUCGCAGGGACAGUCAACAGCUCUGCUUCCCAUGUGCUGUACAAGAGAUCUGUGGGACCCCUGCCUGCCAGGGCCAACGAGGUCAUGGUGACCGCCAGGAAGCGGGAGCUGCCCGGCCAACCCCUGCACGGUGGCAGCUUCCACCUUGGCCUCCCACAAAAGCAGCAUUUCUGUGGAAGACGCAAGAAAUACAUGCCCCAGCCUCCCAACAAAGACCUUUUCAUCUUGCCUGAUGAGUACAAGUCUUGCUUCCGGCAUAAGCGCUCUCUUCUGAAGUCCCAUAGAAAUGAAGAACUGAAUGUGGAGACGUUGGUGGUGGUUGACAAAAAGAUGAUGCAAAACCACGGCCAUGAAAACAUCACCACCUACGUACUGACGAUACUGAACAUGGUGUCGGCCUUGUUCAAAGAUGGAACAAUAGGAGGCAACAUCAACAUUGCAAUUGUAGGUCUGAUUCUUCUAGAAGAUGAACAGCCAGGGCUGGUGAUCAGUCACCAUGCAGACCGCACCUUGAGUAGCUUCUGCCAGUGGCAGUCUGGAUUGAUGGGGAAAGAUGGAACACGCCAUGACCAUGCCAUCUUACUGACCGGUCUGGACAUAUGUUCCUGGAAGAAUGAGCCCUGUGAUACUUUGGGAUUUGCGCCCAUAAGUGGAAUGUGCAGUAAAUAUCGCAGCUGUACGAUUAAUGAAGAUACAGGUCUUGGACUGGCCUUCACUAUUGCCCAUGAGUCUGGACACAACUUUGGCAUGGUCCACGAUGGGGAAGGAAACAUGUGCAAGAAGUCCGAGGGUAGCAUCAUGUCCCCCACGUUGGCGGGACGCAACGGGGUCUUCUCCUGGUCACCCUGCAGCCGCCAGUAUCUGCACAGAUUUUUAAGCACUGCUCAAGCUAUAUGCCUUGCUGAUCAGCCAAAGCCUGUGAAGGAAUAUAAGUAUCCUGAGAAGUUGCCGGGAGAGUUGUAUGAUGCAAACACACAGUGCAAGUGGCAAUUCGGAGAGAAGGCCAAGCUCUGCAUGCUGGACUUUAAAAAGGACAUCUGUAAAGCCCUGUGGUGCCACCGGAUUGGAAGGAAAUGUGAGACUAAAUUUAUGCCAGCAGCAGAAGGCACUAUUUGUGGGCACGACAUGUGGUGCCGUGGAGGACAGUGUGUGAAAUACGGUGAUGAAGGCCCCAAGCCUACCCAUGGACAUUGGUCGGACUGGUCUCCCUGGUCCCCUUGCUCCAGGACCUGUGGCGGGGGGGUGUCCCACAGGGACCGCCUCUGCACCAAUCCCAAACCGUCACACGGAGGGAGGUUUUGCGAGGGCUCGCCUCGCACCCUGAGGCUAUGCAACAGUCAGAAAUGUCCCCACAACAGUGAGGACUUCCGUGCCACCCAGUGUGCCGAGCACAACAGCAAGCGGUUCAGAGGGCGGCACUACAAGUGGAAGCCUUACACUCAGGUGGAAGAUCAGGACUUAUGCAAACUCUACUGUAUCGCAGAAGGAUUUGAUUUCUUCUUUUCUUUGUCAAAUAAAGUCAAAGAUGGGACUCCAUGCUCGGAGGAUAGCCGUAAUGUUUGUAUAGAUGGGAUAUGUGAGAAAGUUGGAUGUGACAAUGUCCUUGGAUCUGAUGCCGUUGAAGACUCCUGUGGGGUGUGCAAGGGAAAUAACUCUGAGUGCUCAACUCACAGGGGUGUCUACACCAAGCACCACCAAAGCAACCAGUAUUAUCACAUGGUCACCAUUCCUUCUGGAGCUCGGAGUAUUCGCAUCUAUGAAAUAAACAUAUCCACCUCCUACAUUGCUGUACGCAACACCCUGAAACAGUACUACCUGAAUGGACACUGGACCGUGGACUGGCCCGGCCGGUACAGGUUUUCAGGCACUGCCUUCAACUACAGACGGUCCUAUAAAGAGCCCGAGAGCUUAACCUCCGCUGGACCAACUAAUGAAACCCUGAUCGUGGAGCUUCUGUUUCAGGGAAGGAACCCUGGCGUUGCCUGGGAAUACUCGGUGCCUCGGUUGGGGGCUGAGAAGAAGCCCAGCGCCCAGCCCAGCUACACGUGGGCCCUCGUGCGCUCCGAGUGCUCCGUCUCCUGCGGAGGGGGACACAUGACCACAAGAGAAGGCUGCUACAGAGACCUGAGGUUUCCAGUGAACACAUCCUUCUGCAAUCCCAAGACCCGACCUGUCACAGGGCUGGUGUCCUGCAAAGUGUCUGCCUGUCCUCCCAGCUGGUCUGUGGGGAACUGGAGUGCCUGCACCCGGACUUGUGGUGGGGGCACCCAGAGCCGGCCGGUGCAGUGCAUGCAGCGUGCACGCUACAGUUCCCACCCAGUCCCAUCCAGCCUGUGUUUGCAGCCUGCGCCCCCCAGCAGGCAGGCCUGCAACCCCCAGAGCUGUCCACCUGCAUGGAGCACUGGGCCCUGGGCAGAGUGCUCACGAACCUGUGGGAAGGGGUGGAGGAAGAGGUCCGUGGCCUGCAAGAGCACCAACCCCUCAGCCAGGGCGCAGCUGCUGCCCGACACAGUCUGCACCUCGGAGCCCAAGCCCAGGAUGCAGGAAGCCUGCCUGCUUCAGCGCUGCCACAAGCCCAGGAAGCUGCAGUGGCUCGUGUCUGCCUGGUCCGAGUGCUCUGUGACGUGUGAAAAAGGAACACAGAAAAGAUUCCUAAAAUGUGCUGAAAAGUAUGUUUCUGGGAAGUACCAAGAGCUGUCCUCAAAGAAGUGUUUGCUUCUGCCAAAGCCCACCCUGGAGCUGGAACGUGUCUGUGCCCUGUCUCCAUGCCCCAAGCACCUCUCAUACGCUGCAGCAGGCCCCCCGAAGGGCAGCUGGUUUGCCUCGUCCUGGUCUCAGUGCACAGCCAGCUGUGGCGGCGGCGUCCAGACCAGAUCGGUGCAGUGCCUGGCCGCGGGCCGGCCGGCCUCAGGCUGCUUCCCACACCUGAAGCCCGCAGCCUCCCUGGCCUGCAGCACUCACUUCUGCCCCAUCGCAGAGAGAAACGAUGCCUUCUGCAAAGACUACUUCCACUGGUGCUACCUGGUGCCCCCGCACGGCAUGUGCAGCCACAAGUUCUACGGCAAGCAGUGCUGCAAGACGUGCUCCCAGUCCAACCUGUGAGAGGGGACCACUUUCCUGGCAGAGAGGAUGCCCACAUGGCAGG